AUGGAGAUAGAGAAUGCAAAUUGCAAGACGAAGGUAUCAGAAUGCAUAGACAACGUUGAUAUGGAACAAUUGUGUGUUGACAAACCGCUUAAACUUGACGUAGAAAUUACUGGCUUAGAUAAGUUGAUUGAGGAGUUGCACAGGGUGUUCUCGCACAGUCACGUCAAUAUACAGGAUGUUCAGAAACUGAUGCUUGGAUAUAAAUCAGAUCCGAAGGAUUGGCGGAAGUACGCGAAAUAUGACCGUUUUAGGUAUACGAGAAACCUGGUAGACCAGGGAAAUGGGGCUUUCAACAUCAUGAUCCUCUGCUGGGGUCCAGGUCAUGCAUCGGCCAUCCACGACCAUGCAGACUCGCAUUGCUUCAUGAAGCUGUUGAGUGGGAGCUUAGAGGAAGUCAGGUAUGACUGGCCGGACAACGUCCAACCCGAGGUAAUAAAGAAGAUGAAGCGAAAAGCGAAAAGAUGCUGUUUGGAGAGUGAAGAUUUAGAAAAUUCUGACGCAAAAUACACCAAUGGAGAUAAGGGGAACCGUCAGAAUGGCAAAGAGAAUGAGAACUGUCAGAUUGGUGGAGAUAAUGUAAACUGUGAGGAUGAAUUCGAUGAGUUCAGAGAAAACUAUGACAUAAAGAGUAUGAAAGAAGUUGGAAGGACCCGAAUGGAAAUUAAUGAUGUCUGUUAUAUAAAUGAUGCCCUAGGCUUGCACAGAAUGGAGAAUCCAUCACAUGUAGACGGUGCCGUGUCUCUACACUUGUAUUGCCCACCGUUCAACAGUUGCAGGGUAUUUGACGCACGUACAGGCAAACCUACUGAGGUCAAAGUCACUUUUUGGUCUAUGUACGGAAAGAAGAUUAAGAGAGUUUUGGAAGCGAGCGAUAUGGUUGACGGUCAACAAUGA